ACCAACCCUUCCAAGUCCAAAUAGCAAUACCACCCACCAGAUUUCACUCCACUCCUCCUCCACCACGCCGGGGACGCCCUCACCCCUCCUCACCAUGUCUCCCCUCUCCCCCCUCCGCCUCCUCCUCCCGCUCCUUCUCUUCCUCACCCUCGCCGUCUCCAAACACACGUCCAACUGGGCCGUCCUAGUCGGCACAUCGCGCUUCUGGUUCAACUACCGACACCUCGCCAACGUCCUCUCGCUCUACCGCACCGUCAAGCGCCUCGGCAUCCCAGACUCGCAAAUCAUCCUCAUGCUCCCGGACGACAUGGCGUGCAACCCGCGCAACGCCUUCCCGGGAGCCGUCUACAACAACGCGGACCGCGCCCUCGACCUCUACGGGAACAACAUCGAGGUCGACUACCGGGGCUACGAAGUCACGGUGGAGAACUUCAUACGGCUGAUGACGGAUCGCGUCGGCGAGGAUAUGCCGCGGAGCAAGCGCCUCUUGACGGAUGAGCGGAGCAAUAUCCUCGUGUACAUGACGGGGCAUGGCGGGAAUGAGUUUCUCAAGUUCCAGGAUGCCGAGGAGAUUAGUGCGUUUGAUUUGGCGGAUGCGUUUGAGCAGAUGUGGGAGAAGAAGCGUUAUCAUGAAAUGCUCUUCAUGAUCGAUACCUGCCAAGCCAACACCAUGUACUCGAAAUUCUACUCCCCCAACAUCCUCGCGACCGGCAGCUCCGCCCUCUCGCAAUCCUCGUACUCGCACCACGCCGACGCCGACGUCGGCGUCGCCGUCAUUGACCGCUUCACCUACUACAAUCUCGAAUUCCUGGAAAACAGAGUCAAGGACAGGAACUCCAAAGUCACCAUGGGCGAGCUGUUUGAUAGUUACGACCCCGCGCUGAUUCACAGCGAGCCGGGGAUUCGGUACGAUUUGUUCCCCGGCGGCGAGGAAGGAGCGAGGAGUAGACUUGUGAUGGACUUUUUCGGGAAUGCGCAGGGCGUGGUUGUGGAUGAGAACGAGGAGGGUGGGGGAAAGGGGAAGGGGAAUGAGACAGAGUGGUUGGAGGAGCUGAGGAAGAUUGAGGAGAUGAUUGAGGAGGCGAAGAGGAGGCACAAUGAGAGUUUGAGAGUGGCGCCGCAGCAUGUCAGUGUUAUGGAGGAGGUGAUUGCACGCGAGGAGGAAGGGAGGCGGCUGAAACGGAGCGAGGGCGCCGUCAAGGUGGAUGAGGAGGGGUUGUGGAGGAAGAAGGCGGUGGGUGUUGCGGCGUUGGUGGGGAUUGCGGGGAUUUGGGCGGCAGGGUCGUGGUUGGAUUCAUGAGCGGGUUUGAAGGGAGAUGUUGGCUUGUUUUAUAGAUAUGAUACCCAUGAAUUGCAUUGCAUUUGUUUCAGCGCUGGUCAUUGCACAUAA